AUGUCCUUGAUGCACUCACGCUCAGAGAGCGAGCACACCAGCUUUGGUGACAUCCAUAGCAUGACCACAGCCAACUCGCGCAGUACCCUACCAACUGAGCCGGCCAUCAACGGCAGACCACAGAAGAUUGUAGACAUCAUCUGCAAGCUCAGUAACCCCCAUGAUGUCGGAGCUCAAUUUGUACAAAGCUUGAAGUGCACACGGAUCGUGUCUUGA